AGAGUCCGCUGCAGCUGCCCUUGGUGGUCUGGUUGUGGUCGGCACUCGGGCUGGGUCGGGCUGCAGCAGUCAUGGUUAAUUUCCUUCAGCUUGUACGUGACCAUUGGGUUCAUAUAUUGGUCCCUUCAGGAUUUUUACUUGGAUGUUAUCUAGACAAAAAGAGUGACGAAAAGCUAACUGCCUUCCGGGACAAGAGUAUGUUAUCUAGACGGGAACUGAGACCUAAUGAAGAAGUCACUUGA